AUUUGUCAUGUCGUUUGUCGACUGUUUGCGGGCAUAUUACGCAACACGGAUUAGGACUGGAGAUGAGAACAAGCUGACACUUGUUGUGAUACACAGUGAUCCCAUUAAUCUGGAAGUCAUUUUUGGACAGUAACUGAUUAGGACCUUUCCAAUAUUGUAUAUGCAAAGAGAUUCGUACAUACAGACAUCGGUCAUUCCAUGGUUUUUGCUAUAAACGUUUGCGCCUGGGUAAAAGGGAUUCGCUAUAUCCAGAAACUGCAGUCAUGGGCGAGUUUCAGUUAAUGGACGAUAGCAAAAGCAGUAAACCCGGCACUACAUCCAAACGAAAUGUCUACAUCACCGGAGUAUUUGCCGUACUUGCCGGACUGGGCAUCGGGAUCAUCAUUGGUCGCUACGCAAUAUGUCCCGGCCAGCCGACAGCGGAGAAACCGGAAGUAGUACCCGACAAACAAGGUGUCUUCUUGCCAGGUGUCCCCGAGACUAUAAUUAAAGAGGGUGAUCCGGAAAUAGGAAAGCAACUAUUGGAUGCAGUGGAUAACAAACGAAUUGAAAACUACCUCAAAUUUCUGUCAAGCAAACCACACGUUGCAGGGUCUCAAAAUAACCUUGACCUUGCUUACUGGAUCAAGGAUAAAUGGAUGGAGUGGGGUUUUGAUGACGUCAAACUAACGCCGUAUGACGUCCUUCUGUCCUUCCCCGACGCAGACAACCCCAACGUGGUGCGCGUCCUGAACGACACCGGCGGAGUGGUUUACGAGUCUCCAUUGAAGGAAGCUAAUCUGACUGGUGAAGAUGACCCUGAUGCGCUGCCGCCUUACAACGCCUACUCACCGGCAGGCUUGGUGGAGGGCGAUAUGGUGUAUGUAAAUUAUGGCCGAGUGGAGGACUAUGAUUGGCUGGAGAAGAACGCCAGCAUGAACGUCACGGGGAAGAUCGUAAUCGUCAGAUACGGGAGGAUCUUCAGAGGGAGUAAGGUUCAGAUAGCUGCGGACCACGGCGCGAUUGCUGUAAUCAUCUUCUCAGACCCAGCUGACUACACGUGGGAGGGCGACCCACGUGUCUACCCGGAAACGUGGUGGCUGCCAGGGUCAGGGGCACAAAGGGGGACAAUCUACACUGGUGGUGGCGACCCGCUAACACCAGGAUAUCCAGCAAUUAAAACUGCAUAUCGGUAUCCUGAAAAUUCUUCUGCCGUUAAACUUCCCAAAAUACCAGCACAUCCCAUAGGAUAUGACAUCGCUGAGCAAAUCCUCAGAGAGAUGGGUGGAGAUGAGGUUCCGGUUGCCUGGCGAGGGCGUCUCAACAUCACCUACAGACUGGGGCCAGGUCUGCAGAAGACAGGGUGGAAGAUUCAAAUGAACAUAUCAACAACGAAUGAAAUAAAAACUGCCUACAAUGUCAUCGGUAUUAUCAAAGGAUUAACAGAGCCUGAUCGUUACGUGAUAGUUGGGAACCACAGAGAUGCUUGGGUGUACGGGGCUAUUGACCCGUCCAGUGGAACAGCAGCCAUAAUGGAGUCCGCACGAGCCUUGGGGCAGAUGGUCCAGAGUGGCAAGUGGCGUCCCCGUCGGUCCAUCAUGUUCUGCAGCUGGGGGGCAGAGGAAUACGGUCUGCUGGGGUCCAAUGAGUGGGUGGAGCAAUACCAGACAAACCUCAGGGAGAGGUCUGUGGCGUAUAUCAACGUGGACAUAUCCGUUUUUGGAAACUACUCGUUGUCCGCUGCUAGCACGCCCCUGAUGUACAGGGCCACGUACGAAGCCGCAAAGAAGGUUCCUAACCCCAAUCCGGCCGAGGUGGCCGCCGGACGAACAACCGUGUACGACACUUGGCUCCACAGCUACCCACUGAAAGAGAAUAACGUUUCCAUGAACAUUCCAAAGAUGAGGGACUUGGGUUCUGGGAGUGACUACGCCCCGUUACUUCAGAAGGCUGGAAUCACAGCGGUGGACAUGUCAUAUGUUUACAAUACGUAUAAGUAUAAGGUGGACUUCUAUCCCUUGUAUCAUUCUGUGUAUGAGACGUUCUAUGCAGUGAAAAACAUCAUGGACAAGCAGUUCGAGUUCCACCGCGCCGUGUCCAGGAUGGCUACAGAGUUGGCACGUUCUCUGGCUGACUCCCUCAUCAUCCCCUUCAACGUCAGCGACUACAGCCAGGCCCUCGACAGAUACCGGAAGGCCAUUGAUAAGACUCAUGGGGAAAAACUUAGAGCACGCAUAACCAACUUUGAUGACCUUGGCUCUGUGAUUGCAAACUUCAGCAAGGUGGCGGAUGACUUCACUGAACGAGUGGCUAAGAUGAACAGGAAUGACCCUUUGGCUAUCAGGGCUGUCAAUGACCAGCUGACACUAUUGGAAAAAGCGUUCCUGGACAGUGAAGGUUUACCAGGCAGGCCAUUAAAAAAGCAUCUUCUCCUGGCUGAAAGCAGCACAGAUUCCUACGCCGGAAGUAGUUUCCCAGGCCUCGUUGACCUGAUGUUUGAGAUAGAGAAGGCCCCGGAUGUUGAGGCACGUUGGGAACGUGUGAAGAGACAUUUCUCAGUGAUUCUGUUCACCAUCGACUCUGCUGCAUCAACACUACGGGAUGUCAUCCGAUUCAUUCCAGAAAAUUAAUUGCUUCUCAUUUUAUUGUAUUUACUUCAUGGUAUGGAGUCGCGGUGGGGUAGUCUGGUGGUUAAAGCGUUCGCUCGUCACGCCGAACACCCGGGUUCGAUUCCCCACUUGGGUACAAUGCGUGAAGCCCAUUUCUGGUGUCCCCGCCGUGAUAUUGGUGGAAUACUGCUAAAAGAGGUGUAAAACUAUACUCACUCACUCAUUCACUAAUGGUAUUGAAUGUUCAUUCCAGAUUAAUAGAUCAACACUGUAUAGUCUUUGUCUCUACGCAGUGUUCUAUUAAGUGUGUUUUGAGUUUUAGCCUAUUACAUUGUUACCCAGAAAAUACUGUUCUUACAUUUCUUCGAUUCUACUUUGGCAUCGCAGGUCAGCUUUUUCGGUGUGAAAGAAAUAUCUCAUUCGAUCAACUUUUCGCUACAAGAUGAAAAUAAUGAUGACAAUUCCAAUGAGGAAAAUAUUGUAAAUGGAAAUAUCCUUUAUCGGUUGUCAGACAUAUUUUACUUAUGCUGAGAUAGUAAGAUGUAACCUCGAAGCAAAUGUAAUUAUAUA